AUGAGCAGGCGCCCAAACGCAGUGCCUGUCCUUGAUCUGGAUGGGGAAAGUCCCCGACGCUCCAUUUGGCAGGCGGCUCCGCUGAAGAAAAGACAAAUACAAGACACGGAUGCCGAUUCGUCGGCGAGGAAACAGACCCGAGCUGGUGAGGACAGCCUUCUUGGACGCCGAGUAUACGGAUUCGCAGAAUGGCUCCGCGCUGACAAGGUGGAUUCCGCCGACGAGAUGGAUUCACACAAGACACCCCCCAGGCAGUGUCUGCAUGCCGAUUGCUCCGCCACUACGGGACGGGGCUUUACGAGACCCGACCCAGCAUUCUGUCCGGAGACCCGGCGCGAGGAUCUGCACACGGCCUGCCCGCAUGCCGACAAGACGGACCCGCACGAGACCCCAGCUCCCGGCCUGGGCCUGGCCUGUCCGAACACCGAGUUUCCGGACUCGCAAAUGCACCAGCCUGCCUGCGGUUCACAGACUGGACGGGCUGGCCAUGCAUGGAGCUGUCAACUCUCCGUACCAGCUUCAUCCCGCCGCGACCGUGCCUGA